UUUUUAUAGAUUUGUUGCAAGUCGAAAAAAUAAAACGAGAAAUUAAAUACUAUCUUCCCCUUUAUCCUUGUUUCUUGGCCUUUGCAUAUCCAGGAUACAAAUGGGUUAAGCUUUUUCUUUUUCUCUGUAAUAGAAUAUCCAUUUACAUUUAAUUUAUUAUAAUUCUUUAUUUGUGUCAACAAGGCCCUGUUUUAUAUGAUUUUCGUGAUGAAAGGGAAGGAAAAUAUUCAAGAAAACCUUUGUUUUUGAAUACAAGGGGAUAAACACGAGUAGGAAAAAAUGAAAAACCUAACCUCGGAUGAAAGUUUCAAAUUAAUGUAUCAUUUCCAUUUCGUCCUCGUUUUUUUGUAAAUGAGUCUAUUUGCUUCUUAGUUAUAGCUAAUACAUCUUGUUUUUCUUUAGUUUCUUAUCAAUAUAUGCUUUUACUCUAUGCUGUAAAAUAACAGUGUUAUUCUAUUGUUGCCAAUAUUUCUAUUUUCUGUUGCUUCUGCAGAUUUCACCUAAUAAUGGGCUUAACAACACGUAGAAGUUCGAGAGCGUCCAUAAUGGAUUUACCGGAGCUCAUCAUUUUAGAAAUUCUGCUAUAUCUGUCCAUUAAAGGGAUUGUAAUGUGCAAGUGUGUGUGCAAAACUUGGCAACAUCUAAUUUCUAACCCUCACUUUGCCAAGCAUCACUUUGCACAUUCAAAAGCUGGCAUUCUAAUCCGACCCUCGGAUGUUGGACGAAUUUCAAGAAUGCUUUACUUUAUGGAGCCAUCUGUAAUCAGUGUGAUUGAAGCUGGGCAGCAAGUAAACUUGAAGCCUGAUACCAAAUUGAAGACUCCUUUGCUUAAUGUUGACGCUCAAGCGAUUGCUUUCAUCGAGGGGAAUACUAAGAGGAAGCGAACUAUUAACCUGGAUACCAAGAAUCACAAGAUCAGUAUAGUGAAUUCGUGUAACGGCUUCCUUUGUUUGUUUGAGCGCUCCCAUAAUAACCCAACCGUUGUAUGCAAUUCGGUCACAAAUGAGUAUAUAGAACUUCCACCAGCUAUCAAUGCUGAUGAGAGUACGGUGACUUGUGGAUUUGGAUUUUGUCAACUGACUAAUCAAUAUAAGGUUCUUAGAGUGUUGUCUCCAGGAAAAAAUCAGCUUGCGAAAUCUCAAAUUGAAGGAACAACAUUCUAUCCUAAUAGGGUGGUUGAGAUUCAUACCCUUGGGACCAAAACAUGGAGAAACAUUGGAUUUGCUCCCAGCUUCCAAUGCAUAAAGUCUCCAAUCUAUCUUAAUGGGUCCUUCAUUGGAUCGGUGACGGACGUAGCGGGAAUGAUCUUGUACUCUCAUUUGAGUUUAGCAGUGAGUGCUUCAAAUCUCUUCCUCUACCUUCAAUUAAUCGUCCUAGUAGAAUAAGCUUGGGAAUUAUUGGAGAUAGUCUAUGUUUACCUGCUACUUCUGGGUUGAUUUGAUUGACAUAUGGGUAAUGAAGAGUUGCGGUGUUCAAAAAUCUUGGUCAAAGUUGAUCUCUAUCAAUUUUCCAACACUGGGGAGGUGGAAUUCUUGCUAUUUCCAGCUGAUAGGCUGCUGCGAGAAAUUUUUUACAUUCCUUGAGAACCAGAUAAUAUAUUAUGAUCCUAAAAGUGUAGAAUUGAAGACUCUUAAGCUUCAUAGGAUGGGAUUUAUUUCUAAAGCAGUUGUGUAUACUCCGAGUUUUUUCUCCCUCAAGGAUGUGACAGGAGCUAAUACUAAAUCGAUGCAAGAUCAUCUUCUUCUUGGCAUUACUUCAUGUACUAGCUAUUUUUUAAUUUCAUUUGUAAAAGAUAUUUUAGUGCUUUAUGUUGACUACCAUCGUCAAUCCUUCCUCCUUUCAAACC